AUGAAUUAAGAGGAAUCAAAUGAUUUAUUGUCCUUGAAAAGAGAAAAGUUUAGAGUAUAGAUAAGGCAUUAAAAACUAACAGAGGAAUUUAAGAAAAAAAGGCGGUUCUAUAAUUAUGAAUAAACAAAAAAUGAUUUUCUACAUAAAGUUUGCGAUGAACUAGUCAAUUAUCAAUUUAAAGAGUAGUUAACUGGGGAAGAUCUUAAUAAUAUUAAGUUAUUACUAAAAGUGCUCUAAAAAGCCUUUGAAGAUGAGUAAAAUGUUGAUUAUUGGGUGACUGAAAAUAUAGUAAAAAAAUUAAGGUAAUAAAUCAUAUGAAGUCAGAUUCCUUAUAAAUUUAUCUAAAAUAGAUAGUGAAUUUCAAGAAAUAAAUGCGACCUUAAUUCAAAGUGUUUUCUAUUUUUUAAACAGAGAAGAUUAUUAAAAGUUUGCAGAAUUAGAUGAUAUCCAAUUUUUGCAAUACUUGGAGGAUAAUAUAAAAGAUGAGAUAUUUGAAAUAUUCCCUUAAGUAAGAGUUAAACUCAUUUUAGACUUUAAAUUGCAUUUAUUUUCUAGCCUAAGAAAAGCAGACUUAUAGAGAUUUACUAAUCUAAAAUGAUUUUGAAUUUCUAUCCUAAUUAAUGGUGCUUGAUCCUUAUCGAUAAUUUUCUGAAGUUAUCUUAGCCUUAAUAGGUUCAGCUUUUACUUUUUGUUUGGAAAUUAAUAUUGACAAAAUUAAAUCAAUUAAGGAUUAUGUAAUAAAAUGCUACUUUGAUGAAAAUUAAGCCAUAAGGAGAUUGGCCUUGGAAAUUCUUGAGGAAAUCCCUGCAAAAUUAUCAUUUGAAAAUAAUUAUACUUACGCAAAUGAAAUAAUCUCCUCUCCAAUGUUCUUAAAACUCUAUGAUACAGCCUUAAGAACAAGUUAUGAUUUUUUGGCAUUGAAAGUUGUGAUCAUUUAUUAUGGGAUAAGCGAUUAGUAUUUUGAGAAGGAAUUUGUUAUCUAUAAGAAAGUAAUUAACUCGAAUUUUCAAUCACAAGAUCUUAAUAAAGCUUUGAGAAUCUAAUUAUUUUGGGCUAUUUCCAAUAAAAUUCAAAAUAAGGAAUUCCUGCUUAAAUUAUUAGACUCUUAAUUGCUAGAUUAGAUUUUUGGACAGGCAUUCGAAUUCUCUGAUAAUGAGGCUCUUGAAUUCUCCUAUGUGAUUCUAAAUUUCUCUAUUUUGGUAUUAAUCAUUUAUUAUCUUAAGUGUAAUGAAGAAUAAUUAUCAAAAUUAAUUAAAAUUGGAUUGUUUAGUAUAUGCAAUCAUUUACUUUCUAUGGAGGCACGAUCAACAAAGAUCGAAGAACAUACUAUUAAAACAUUACUUAAUAUUUUGCAUAAGCUAUCUGAUUCUUAAGAUGUUAACAAUGAAUUAAUUAUACCAUUUUCAGCAGUAAUCAGAAUGAUUGAAAUGAAUGGAAUUGUUAAUAAAGUGAAGGAGAGUCAGAUUGAUGAUAAAUUAAUCUAAGAUUUUGAUGUUUUUUUUUGA